AUGUUAAAACAAACAAGUAUUUUGUUUACAAUUUUAAUUGGAUUUUUAAUUUGCAAUGUCAGCAAUGGUAUGGUUGUAAAGGAGAAAAUCAAUAGUAAUAAUAAUUUUGUAUUUUUAGCAAAAUUCUGUUACAGUACAACACCAGGUGCUUCAUUAUCAUACGUUGGAACAGCAGCAAACGCAAGUACAUCAAUUUACAUUUACAACGAUUGGGCCACUGAAUGGGGUGUAGGUGGUAAUAGUAAAUAUAGUUGUUUGGAAAGAGUGACAGCAAGUACUCCACAAACCAAUAUGAAUCAACUUUCAGCCAACUCAUCAAGAGUCUUAUUACCAGAGGAUCACCAACGUGCCCAUUUUUGGUAUGUCGUUGCAGCAAAUUGUGAUAGUGAAGUUGGUGAAGUUGAUUUCACCCUCACCCUCUUAAAUGGCGGUGGUUUGUGGUCAGCCCAAUUCUCUUACGAUGAACAAGGUCUCGAAGCAUUAUAUUUGGUUUACUUUUUCGUAUUUUUAGUCUUAACUGGUUACACUGCCUUUACAGCAUUCAAAUUAUAUAAAGCAAAUGCAUUCCAUCCAAUGAUCAAAAUUCUUUCAGGUGUCAUCGUUUUAGAAUUCCUUUCUGUUUUUGUACUCCUUUGUAAUUAUGGUUCUUAUUCUCAUAAUGGUACUGGUGGUAAAGGUGCUCAAGGUUUUGGUGAACUUUUAGAUUUAGCAGCACAAUUAUUAUUUAUUUUAUUAUUAAUUUUAAUUGCAAAAGGAUGGGCAAUUUCACGUGUUACAAUUGAUGAAAAGAGAAUUGUAUUAGGUGCUAUGGGUGUUUUAACAGUAUUAUAUUUCAUUAUGUUUGUUUGGAUUAAAGCAGGUGAAAAUCCAGCAGCAACCACCUAUAUGUAUGAUACAGUACCAGGUAUUAUUUUAUUGGUAGCACGUAGUUUAGCAAUGUUAUGGUUUAUGUGGUGUGGUUAUAAUACAUAUUUAGAAGAAACUCAUCCAGCCAAACGUAACUUUUACACUGUCUUUGGUAUUGCAUUUGUUGCUUGGUUCUUAAUCCUUCCAAUUAUUUGUAUCAUUGCCGCCGCAGUCGAACCAUGGGUACGUGAAAAAACAGUUCUCGCUUUCUAUGUCACCACUAAUGCUCUCGCUCUCAUUGGUGUUUCUUUCCUCUUAUCACCAUCAAGAUCUGGUGAAUAUCUCGCUUCUGCAACUAAAACUUCCUCUGAAGAAUACUCUUCAAUUACUACUAAAUCUUAUGAUGAAUCAUUUUAA